UCUUCUUGCUCUCUGUUUCCUUCCCUCGCCAUCCGGCAUCUGUUCCACGCCAUGAGAGUUCAGCUGCGUUCGCGGCUUGUCCAUCUUCGUCUUCGAAGGCGUGAGAUGGUCUGUUGAUUCUUGGCAUGGUUUCAUCUGCCCCCUCGUGCGCCUGCUCUUCUCGUAGGUUCGGAGCCGCCGUAAGCAACGAUAUUCUUGCCCUAUUCACGGUCGAGUUGUCUUCCUCGCUUGCGUUGCUUGGUCCAGUGGAGUUAGCCCAGGGAGAUCGCUGUUCGUUUGUGCUCCGGAAUCAGAGAAAUGACCGGGAAGGUGCGAUUCAGCCUCGAUCCACACUCGUCGCCGCAGAUGGACAAAAUUAAUGAGAAACCGCAGCUGGCCAUAGUUCACUCCCACUUAGAAAUGGGUUCUAUGGAUGGUAGAUCAGAACACGAGUUUGAGGAUGAAAGCCUUGUAACCCCUGUGAAUCUUUCCAGAAGGUCUAAUGGUCUGAAUGGAGGUUAUCAUGGUUCCUUUUCUACUGCUGAGCAAGACACCAGUAUCAGAAGUCUAAAUGAUAGUUUAUGGAGGACCUUAAAAGUAGUAUUGUUUACGUCCAAGAUUAACAUAUUGAUGCCUUGCGGACCUUUAGCGGUCUUCAUCCAUCAUUCGUUUGAUGAUAAAGGAUGGGUAUUCUUCCUAAGCUUGCUCGGCAUUAUUCCAUUGGCAGAGCGUUUGGGUUUUGCCACUGAACAGCUAGCAUUUUUCACGGGACCAACAGUGGGAGGGCUUUUAAAUGCUACUUUUGGAAAUGCAACAGAGUUAAUAAUAUCAAUCCAUGCGCUAAAAGGUGGAAUGAUACGGGUUGUCCAACAGUCAUUGUUAGGAUCUAUUUUGUCAAAUAUGCUGCUGGUCCUUGGGUGUGCAUUCUUCAGUGGAGGGAUUGUUUUCCUGAAAAAGGAGCAAGUUUUUGAUAAGGCAGCUGCUGUAGUGAACUCUGGACUGCUCUUAAUGGCAGUGAUGGGCCUGCUUUUUCCUGCUGUUCUACAUUCCACACAUUCAGAAGUACAUUAUGGCAAGUCAGAGUUAGCCCUCUCAAGGUUUAGCAGCUGCAUAAUGCUUGUGGCUUAUGCCUCUUACCUUGUUUUCCAGUUAAAGGACCAGAGAGAUUCCUAUGAUCCAGUUGGUGAGGAAGGAUGCCAAAAUGAAGGGAGCACAGAUGAUGAAGAUGAAGUUGCCGAAAUUUCAAAAUGGGAAGCCAUCACCUGGCUUGCAAUUUUGACUGUUUGGAUUUCAGUGCUCUCUGACUACUUGGUUGAUGCCAUUCAGGGUGCAUCGGUUGCUUGGAACAUACCUGUUGCUUUCAUAAGUGUAAUCUUGCUCCCAAUUGUGGGUAAUGCUGCCGAGCACGCAAGUGCAAUUAUCUUUGCCAUGAAAGACAAGCUUGACAUUUCUCUUGGAGUUGCUAUUGGGUCAUCUACACAGAUAUCCAUGUUUGGGAUUCCUUUCUGCGUGGUAGUAGGUUGGAUCAUGGGACAACCAAUGGACUUAAAUUUCCAACUCUUCGAGACCGCAACACUCUUUAUAACAGUACUAGUUGUAGCCUUCAUGCUGCAGGAGGGAACGUCUAGCUAUUUCAAAGGUUUAAUGCUCAUGCUAUGCUAUCUUAUCGUUGCUGCCAGUUUUUUUGUACAUGUUGAUCCUCCUGUCGACGAUAAAAACCCUUGAGGCGGAAGGCUGUUCUUGUUUCAUCCUUGGAACAUGAGGCUGAAUGACUGCAAGCAAGCCUGCCGUCGUAGACGCCCGCUUACACUUUUGGAUGCACGGUUCCAUGGAAGGACUAAUCACUCUCUGGCUCAGCAGAAGGGAUGGCAUGAAGAUUAAGCCAUGACACUGACUGCAUGUAAGUGCACAGAAGAGAACCCCAACUCCCCCCCCCCUCCCCACAAACAACUCGGAUGAUAUCAGGAUGCUAAGAGUUAGAACUGCAUCAUUUUUGCUGUAUUCAAUGUAGUGUCAUCCUUCUGUCCUUUCAGAUUUCUCUUCUGGCAAACCUUUGCAGAUUAUUGUAUACAAGAAAAUUUUCUUA